AUGGCGCCGCUGCCCUGGUCGGUGCUGCUGCCCGCCCUGGCUCUCGGCCUCGCGGCCGCCGUGGGGUCGCGCCGGCUUCCGGCGCUGGACGAGGCGGAGGAGCUGGCGGAGGAGCUGUGGGGGGCGGGGCUGCCCGGAGACCUGCCCGAGCUGGAGCCCGAGUGCCGCCAGCUCCUCGCCGACUUCGCGGAGGGCAGCGCGGCGCUGACGGGCUGCCUGGGCCGCAGCGCUCGCCCGGUGCGGCUGUGCCAGGCCUGCCACCCCUACUACCGGCACCUCCUCGCACAGUACGGCAACAUCGCCCGUGCCGUUGGGAAUUCUUCUGAGAGCCACAAUUGUGCCAAAAGCAUCUUGACCUCAGACAGGCUACAAAUAGUUGUGACCCUUUCUGACUUCUUCAAUGAAACCUGGGAGGCAGCCAACUGUCCAAAUUGUUUAAAGAACAACAGUGAGGGAUUAUCAAAUUCUACUGUAGAAUUCCUGGAUUUAUUCAAUAAAUCUCUGACAUGUUUUGAACAUAACCUUCAGGGACAAACCAUCCAUCUGUCACCAAAUAACUACACAGAAGUAUGUAAAAACUGCAAUGAAACCUACAAGAUGUUGAAUGACCUGUAUAACAACUUGCAAAGGAUGAACAGGCAAGGUGGUGAGUCUGGGCACUCCGCACACUUGUGUAUUGACGUGGAAGAUGCAAUGAAUAUCACUCGGAAGCUUUGGAGUAGGACUUUCAACUGUUCUGUUCCCUGCAGUGAUACAGUCCCAGUGAUUGCAGUUUCAUCCUUUAUUCUCUUCCUACCUAUUGUUUUUUAUCUUAGUAGCUUCCUUCACUCAAAGCAGAAGAAGCGGAUACUCAUUUUGCCCAAGCGCAUCCAGUCAAAUGCCAGUCUUGUGAACAUCCAAGAAAAAUACAGCUGAGCUGCGAAACAAAACCUGAGAACUGCUGCUGGUAUACAGUGGGUACAAUUGUGUUGGAAUGAGGCCGGCACAAAAGAGGAGUUAAUUAUGGUUUAGUGUAAUGAUACAGAGCAACACAAGUUAAACAAAAUGCUGUCUGACUUCUAAGCGAGCAUAUUAACAAACAUGACAAGGCAGGGCUGUGUGACACUGUAUGGACUCUGGUUUUGAAAAAUCUGUGGAUUUUUUCCGUUCAGUCUUGAGUUGAAGCUGGUGUUUUUCUGUUUCUAAGCUUUUGUACUUCUCAUCAAUAGAGUAGCUACACUUCUCUUGCAUAGUCUUUUUUCAUAUUUAUCUUAUUUGCUUCCCAGAAACCUAAGAUGCAGAAUCUUUUUGAGGUGAUUUUUGUAGACAGACAAAACUUGAAAUAAUAUUUGAUGUUCCUGCUUGAAACAUUAGGUUUAAUUCUCCAUAAUACUCAGUCUUGCCAGUCUUGGGAUGGACAGGAAAUCUUUAAAAAACAUUCCCAUCUUUCCUAUACUCCUCUCAAGUCAUGUUGCUGGUAUCAGUUAAAAAAAAGGCAAAAAGGCAUGAAAUAUGCAGAGAAAGUGAUGGGAUAGAAUGUCUAAAACCAGCAACAAAAGCAACAGAACUGCCAGUGCUGGACUAGAAUAGUUAAUCAUCAAUGACUACAGUAUUCGGUUAUCUCUGAAACAGACGGCAUAUUUAGUCAUUUGCACACUUCAACCACUAAAAUCAUUGCUUUCCAUAUGUUACGUUUUCAGAGGCUUAUUUUAGAUGCCUGUUCGGGUAACCAAAAGCUUCACUCCUUGUCUCUUUAUUGUGUCAUUUCCUUUCCUUUUUAAUUAUGAAGAGAUUUUUUUUCUGGUUUUUUUUUUGUUGUUUAUGUAGAGAAGUGAGGUAAAGUCAAGUCACUGGAGAUGCUGAAUUUCUUGGUCUAGAGCUUGCUAUGGCUUAAUACUGAGGUGUGUUUACAGGAGCUUUAUAGGGGGAAAAGCUUCUUUUUCUGGGGAAAAGCUUCCUUUUCUAGAUAAUACGUAUUUAGUGGUAAAUGAACCAGGGGGUUCUUUAACUUAAAAACUGUCCUGAAGGACAAUGAAGGUACUGUGUUGGGAAUUGAAUUUUCCAGGAAUAGUUCUUACAAGAAAACAA